GCAACAGUUUUAAGAAAGCUAUUUGCAUAACUGCCCUGUCAUUCUUAGCUACAGUAUAAGUGGGUGUGAAGAAGAAGGAUAACAACAACAAGUCAAAGUGUUUGGCUUUGAGAGCAAUGACUAACCGAGAAUGGAUUAGGAUUUUUCAGUCAAAGGUCAAUAAUCUGAAGAGGAAUAAGGGAGACCGCUGGCGUAUCGAGUUUGAUGAAUCCAUUAAGGCAGACAGUGUGCAAUCAGGCUGGCAUCAGUACAUCAGUGGGGCAUUUGGAAGGUUCACGUGCUCCAAGUGUAACAGGAGUUGGUCCUCUGGCCGGGUGAAUGUGGUGUUUCACAUGCAUCUAUCGUCAGGGCAGGGAAUGGUGAAAGUGCGACGCUUGCGUCAGGAAUGCAGGCAAUGUGACGGCGCUCUUAUGGAGGAGGUCAGUUUCGAUGAGGAGAAACUCGAAGUCCUACUGGAGAAACUGAUGGAGAAGAUUCGUAUCAAGUGCUACCGCGAGAACCUGGGCAAGAGAAACAGAUCUCAUUUCGAUGACGAAGACGAUGAAGGUCCCCCCCAUGAGAGUGCCCAUUGUGAAGCCUGCAGUAUGGGCCUUUGCACAAAGCGUUUCAAAGCCCGGUAGAAUAUGGUAGAAUUAGACUGGUAUACGCCCUAAUACGCUUUUGAUAAUAUUUCUCUUUGUUUACUUGUCUAUAUCUAGUGGUCAUUGGGUACACCCUAAUGUCUGAUUGCUAAAGCUAUUUGUUGAUUAAAUAAAUGCAAUGAGACACUGGUGGAACUGGUGGAAGAUAGGUGUGGCUGCACAGGGAAGAUAGGUGUGGCUGCACAGGGAAGAUAUGUGUGGCUGCACAGGGAAGAUAGGUGUGGCUGCACAGGGAAGAUAGGUGUGGCUGCACAGGGAAGAUAGGUGUGGCUGCACAGAGAAGGUUCCUCUACUAUGUGAGGUUAGAGAGGUAGAGAAGGUUCCUCUACUAUGUGAGGUUAGAGAGGUAGAGAAGGUUCCUCUACUAUGUGAGGUUAGAGCGGUAGAGAAGGUUCCUCUACUAUGUGAGGUUAGAGAGGUAGAGAAGGUUCCUCUACUAUGUGAGGUUAGAGAGGUAGAGAAGGUUCCUCUACUAUGUGAGGUUAGAGAGGUAGAGAAGGUUCCUCUACUAUGUGAGGUUAGAGAGGUAGAGAAGGUUCCUCUACUAUGUGAGGUUAGAGAGGUAGAGAAGGUUCCUCUACUAUGUGAGGUUAGAGAGGUAGAGAAGGUUCCUCUACUAUGUGAGGUUAGAGCGGUAGAGAAGGUUCCUCUACUAUGUGAGGUUAGAGAGGUAGAGAAGGUUCCUCUACUAUGUGAGGUUAGAGCGGUAGAGAAGGUUCCUCUACUAUGUGAGGUUAGAAAGGUAGAGAAGGUUCCUCUACUAUGUGAGGUUAGAGAGGUAGAGAAGGUUCCUCUACUAUGUGAGGUUAGAGAGGUAGAGAAGGUUCCUCUACUAUGUGAGGUUAGAGAGGUAGAGAAGGUUCCUCUACUAUGUGAGGUUAGAGAGGUAGAGAAGGUUCCUCUACUAUGUGAGGUUAGAGCGGUAGAGAAGGUUCCUCUACUUGUGAUUCCUUUGAAGAGGAAAUGGAUUGCCUGUAUUUUGCAGCUGUUCCAGUGUGUGUACAAACAAAGCUUUAUUACUGUCAUUUAAUUAUUCUGCUGGUACACCAACAAUACUGUUGGGUCUGUGUAUUUCCUGUCUUACUCCACAGUGUGUCUAUUUGUAAUUGUUAUGCAAUCUAAUGAAGGCAAAAACAAGUUUUAUUGCGCAAGACAUUUGUUGUUGAUGGGGUGUGAUAUUAGGCGUGAACUACUAUAAGAAUAAUGUUCUCUCAAUGUGCAAGACACAGCAUGUCACUCUUUUGUAUUCUUACAUGGAUGUAUAUUACCCAUAACCACAAUAAACACACCACAUAUCCUCUUCCUCUUUCAUGAUGAUGACAUGACCUUUACGGUAACAGUGACAGGCCUGCACUGGCCACAACACCCCCCUUUGUAAAAGACAGUGCAAAUAAAACACAAUACAAAUAAAAUGGCUUUAUGAACUCA